AUGGGUCUUUAUUUUAAAUUUUAUGGAGGGGAAAGUAAACAAGAAAAGGAGGUAAUGAAUGAAUCUAAGGAAGAUACAGAAACAAUUGAUAAUUCAAAAUUUAAUGAAUUUCAAAAACAUUUUGAAAAUUUAGAAAUCACCACCAAUAAAGAUGAUAAUGGAGAAAUUAAUCCAAUUUCAAAAGAAGUUUUAGAAAUUUGGGAAGAUGAUUUUCAACAACAAACUAAAAAUAUUUUAACUCAAAAUAUUUUUGCUCAAACUCCAAUUGAAAAAGUUAUUGCAAAAUCUCAACACAAGACUCAUUUAAAAGAUAGAUUUUUAUUUAAUACUUCUGUUGAAACUAUUGGAUCACCUGCAUUUGCAAAUAAUCAAAAAUCUUCAGGAAGAUGUUGGAUUUUUGCAUCAUCAAAUGUUUUCAGAACUCAAGUUAUUAAAAAUAAUAAUUUAAAAGAUGAUGAAUUUCAAAUUUCUCAAAGUUAUUUAUAUUUUUAUGAUAAAUUAGAAAAAGCAAAUUUCUUUUUAGAAAAUAUUGAAGAUACAUGGGAAGAAGAAUUAGAUUCAAGAUUAGUUCAAUUUUUAUUAAGAGAUCCUGUGGGUGAUGGUGGUCAAUGGGAUAUGAUUGUAAAUUUAGUUAAUAAAUAUGGUUUAGUUCCUCAUGAAGUAUUUCCAGAUAAUAGUCAAUCAACAAGUUCAUCUAAAUUAAAUUAUAUUGUAACUGAAAAAUUAAGAGAAUUUGGUUUACAUAUUAGAGAAUUAAAACAACAAAAAGCUUCAGAUUCUGUAAUUCGUCAAUUUAAAAUAAGUGCAAUGAAAACUAUUUACAAGACUUUAGCUUUAACUAUUGGUACACCACCAAAACCAAAUGAUGAAUUUAUUUGGGAAUUUACAGAUAAAGAUAAUAAAUAUAAACACUUUAAAACAAAUGCUAUUGAUUUUUAUAAAAAUCAUGUUAAAUAUGAUGCUGAAAAUCAUUUUUCAAUUAUACAUGAUCCAAGAAAUGAUUAUAAUAAAUUAUAUACUGUUGAAAGAUUAAAUAAUAUUAAUGGAGGUAAACCAAUUGAAUAUGUAAAUACACCAAUUGAAGAAAUUAAAGAAGUUGCUAUAAAAAUGUUAAAAGAUAAUGAACCUAUCUUUUUUGGAUCAGAUGUUGGUAAAUAUUGUAAUACAACAAGUGGUAUUUUAGAUAUUACUGCAUAUGAUUAUAAAACAGCUUUUGAUUAUGAUUUAAAUUUAUCAAAAGCAAAUAGAUUAAGAACUGGUUCUUCAUCAAUGACUCAUGCAAUGGUUAUUACAGCAGUUCAUAUUGAUUCCACAACAAAUAAACCAAUUAGAUGGAAAAUUGAAAAUUCUUGGGGUGAUCAAUCAGGUAAAAAAGGUUGGUAUUUAAUGACUGAUGAAUGGUUUAGUGAAUUUGUUUUUCAAAUUGUUACUAAUAAGAAAUAUGUUUCUAAAAAGACUUUUGAUGUUUGGAAAGGUAAAGAAUUUACUUCAUUACCAUUUUAUGAUCCAAUGGGUUCAUUAGCUUAG